AUGGGCGGACUAGGUGGCACAGGAGGGAGAAGUACAGGCUACGGGGGUUAUGUUGCCGGUGGAAUGGGUUCAGGUGGAAGUGGCGGCAUUGGCAACUACGGCGGAAUGAGCGGGUACGGUGAUCGAGGGGCUGCAGACAGAGGUUACGGAGGUGCAACUGGCGGCUGCGGUGGAAUGAACGGCGAUAGAGGUGGAUACUUUGGUAGAUAUCGAAGUGUCAGACGACACAGCGUAACAAGCACUGACCGACGUUUGAGAAAUGAUGCACGGAAUGGUGGCAAAAAGAUCAGCCCGGUGGUACUCAGCGGAACAGUGGAGCAGAUGAGUGACACUUUUCCAUCGGGUUUGGCUAUUGGCGUGGACGGACUUCCAGACGGUGUCCAGAGAAAUAUAACAGGCCUGCAGUGGCCUAGGCGCAAUAAAAUCUGGGAAAGCGAUGAUUCCGGAGAAGCCGAGAAAUCGGAAGAAGCCAGCAGUCGAAAUGCAUCAGUCAAAUCCGUUAUCCGAGCCGCACCUGGUACGCACUUUUUUUUAUUUGAAUUUUAG